GGGGUUGAGGGCAAUUACAAAAAGGAGAGGGAAACAACUGUGAACUGUCUGUUGAACUGGUCUGCGACACACAUGAUUUGCCCAGAGGAAAAGGUAACGCUAGCAACAAAUAAAAAAGUAAUAGGUUGGUUGUAAGUAAUUAUAGGCAACGAGAGAAAACCAGAGACCCUCUCUCUCCUCGCAUCGCAUGUGUGUACAGUCAACCAGCCAUACAUCUUUGCUCAAGAAAAAAAAGCCCUGCGGAAAGAAACAAGAGAAAAUCCAAAACCAGCAAAGGUCCUCUCUUUUUCUCUCACCUUCCAUAACUCAAAGGUUAUGAUUGAGUGAACCAGGACUAAGCUUCCUCAUUGCUGUUUGUUGCCCAUUUCUCUCAAAAACCCACUCUCUCUCCACCCUUUGAGCUCCUUUUUCCCUCUGAUUAAACACUCUCCUGGAAGAUGUUAAUCCAGUCUCUGUUGGGUCGGUUCCACACUACCUCAAUUAUUUUUAAUUCACCUGGAAAAUGAGGGAAACUGGAGGAAAAUAAGUAAAAGAGACACCCAAGUCAGGAUUUUUUUUCCCCAUACAUUGUUUUCUCUGCUUUUCAAUCUUGGGUUUUCAGCAUUCCAGCUGAACAUAGUGAAAGAUGAGGAAGCAUGGAUGGCAACUUCCAUACCAUCCUCUCCAGGUGGUGGCUGUUGCUGUAUUUCUGGCGCUGGCGUUUGCUUUCUAUGUGUUCUUUGCUCCUUUCGUUGGAAGGAAACUUUUUCAGUAUAUUGUUAUGGGACUCUACGCUCCUCUUAUUACAUGCGCCUUCAGCCUAUAUAUUUGGUGUGCAGCUGCUGAUCCAGCAGAUCCACGAGUUUUUAGGUCAAAGAAAUACCUCAACAUUCCAGCCGAUGAAAAGCAUAAAAGAACAAAAGAUUCUAAACUAUGUGGGGAAUCAACAUCAUCAAUGAAUGAUGCUAAUGCAGCUGGAGGAAAACCUUUGGAUAAGGAUGUUCUGGGCAAAGAUGGGACUUCUAAAAUGUCCACCAGUGAUGGUGGAAAGAGUCCAUCAGAAAAUUCAUCUUGCUUUCUACUAGCUUGCUCUCCGUGUGCUUAUGUCUGCAAUUGCUCCGGUUCAAGUGAGGAAUCUCUGCAACAAGGUGAAGACGGCAUGUUCUAUUGCAGCUUAUGUGAAGUUGAGGUUUACAAGUACAGCAAGCACUGCAGAGUUUGUGACAAAUGUGUUGACCAGUUCGAUCAUCACUGCAGGUGGCUUAACAACUGUAUUGGCAAAAAGAAUUACCGACAAUUUUUCACCCUUAUGGUUACUUCUCUCCUCUUGCUUAUUUUACAAUGGUCAACUGGAAUCUUCGUGAUUAUCUGCUGUAUUAUUGAGAGGAAGCAUAUCUCUGUGGAUAUUUCAUCCAAGUUGGGAAGCAGUUUCUCUUUGGCGCCUUUCAUCAUUGUGGUGGCAGCGUGCAGCCUUUUGGCUAUGAUUGCAACCCUUCCACUUGCACAGCUUUUCUUUUUUCAUAUCCUCCUUGUAAAGAAGGGAAUCAGCACGUAUGAUUACAUCAUCGCUUUGAGGGAGCAGGAGCAAGAGCAACAAGGAGUUGGAGGUCAGCAGAGUGCUCAAAUGUCUCCUGCUAGCUCACUUACGGGAUUAAGCAGUGCAAGCUCCUUUAAUACUUUCCACCGUGGCGCAUGGUGUACACCUCCACGACUGUUCCUUGAAGAUCAGUUUGAUGUUGUGCCCCCAGAGACCGGAUCUGUCAGUUCAUGCGGAAAAAAGAUGGUGGGAGGGGAACCAGUUAAGAAGAAGAAUGCACCAGUAAAGAUAAGUCCGUGGACUCUGGCAAGAUUAAAUGCCGAAGAGGUAUCAAAAGCUGCAGCAGAGGCAAGAAAGAAGUCCAAGAUCCUGCAGCCUGUGAGACGGGAUGCUCCUUUUGUACUAGAAAGAGACAGCAGCUUUGGCGGAACCAGUGGGCGCCGAAUGGUUCCAAGGCCUGACAAUAACAGAAGGCGACCUACCAAGCGGGUGCGACUCCCAGCUGACCUUCCCAUGGAGUCUAUAACGAAGGGUUCAGCUAUAGUUGUUGACAAGGGCUUUACUGAGACAUCGACUAGUUUGGCCCCUCUUCAGCUUGAAGCUCGGAGUGCUUUCCAAACAAGCCGAGCUAUGUCAAGCUCCACGGGAAUUGUUGCUUCUUCUCCUGAGAGCAGUUUAGACUCACCUGACAUCCAUCCCUUCCGGGUGUCAUCAUCAGGAGCUGAAGAGGCAAGGCGGCUUACAGGUCUGCCUGCAGGCGCUAUUGCAGCUGGCCAGAGGGGAAUACCACUAUCAAGGUCCACCAGUGAUGGGUACGAAGGGUAUGAAGCCUCGGGUGGAGAAGACAGCGACAGGGUUCCUACUAGAAUUGUCCAAAGGUCAACAAACAGGAGUAACCUUCUCUUUGGGUCUGAUCAGGACGAACGGGUUGUCAAACUGAACGCCUCAUCAUCUUCUGGCCUGGCUUACACAAGAAAGCUCUGAUCAACAACUGCGAUUUGUCGGAACUUAGGUGAUUUUAAUUUUAAUUCUUUCAUUCGUGGGGCUGUAAUCCGCGUCGAGAUCUUAGUCUCAGGGCUUCAUGCGAUGUACAUAAAUGAUUAAAGUUCGGUUUCAAACUUUUAACCGAGAUGCACAUACUUCUGUACUGUCUGAUGAGCUUAAUUGCAGCCACACCCUCAGCUGGAUUAAUGU